AUGCAUGGUUCAGGUGCUCCACUUCGUGAUCCCACCCUCUACUGCCAGCUAGUGGGUUAUCUUGUCUACCUGACAGUUACUCGUCCCGAUAUUGCUUAUGUUGUUCACAUUGUUAGCCAAUUCAUGGUUGCCCCAUGUUCCGAUCACUAUGCAGCUAUUUUUUGCAUCUUUAGAUACCUUAAAGGUACUAUGUUUCAUGGCGUAUACUUCUCCUCCAAAUCAUCUCUUGUCCUUCAAGGUUAUUUUGAUGUUGAUUGGGAUGGGGAUCUGGCAGAUCGUCGGUCAACCACCACAUAUUGUUUCUUUUUAAGCAAUUCUAUUAUUUCAUGGUGCAGCAAAAAGCAGUCCUUAACUUCGCGAUCUAGCACCGAGUCUGAGUAUCGUGCUAUUACCGAUAUAAUUCAGGUGCUUCUUUGGCUGCAUUGA